AUGACCACGAUGACAGAUUCUAAGUUGACAAAAAUAUCCCAAACAUUGAUGGUGUCAGAUGAUAAGGUGGAGGAGGACCUUACAACAUCCCCAGCAAAAUCAAAAGUUGAUAGUUUGGAAAAUUCAGAACCGACCGCAGAAGGGUCAAUAGCAAAAGUCUCAACAACAAAAACACCAACAACAGCACCAACAACAGCAACAAUCACAACUACAGCAAAAACGAAAGCUAAAAACACAGAAAUUCAGUCUAGUGCUAAAACUUUAUGUGCGUUAAAUCGGCAGCCAGCCAUGAUAACUAAAACAUCUGCAAUCAUGAAUAUUACAAAAUCUGGUAGAAAUAAUAAAAACAGUUACAUCAACAAUACCAACAACAUCUACUGUUACAUCAACUGCUACAUUAACAACAUCAACAGUUACAUCCACAACAUCAACAGUUACAUCAACAACACCAACAAUUACAUCAAUAAUUACACCAACAACACCAACAAUUACAUCAACAAUUACAUCAACAACACCAACAGUUACAUCAACAUUAUCAACAAUUACAUCAGCUUUGCCAAAGAAUUACUACAAAAAUCACAAAGGCAAGGACAACUACAGCAAGAGCAACAACCAACACUACCACCACAACAACAACAGCCAUCACAGCAAAAACAACAGCAACCACAACAACAACACAAACAACGUCUUCAACAACAAAACAACACUCCUUUAUUAGCAACAAAUAAGGAUGCGAUAACGCCUAAUGGCGUGAACGAAAUAAACGCUGAUGUCAACCCAGACGUCCUAGAAAAUGACAACGACAAAACUGACAGGAACAUUGAAGUCGAUGUCACACUCAUUCAGAACGCUGGCAGUAACUUAGACAAUUUGGAUGAAAUUACAGACAACAACGUGAACGAAAUUGAAGAUGACAUCAUCACUGACGUCAUGGCAAAGUAUAACGUUGGGCAUGAUAAUCGUAGUAACAAGAAUGAAACAGGACUUCCAACAUCAUUAUUAAAUCCGUCAUCGUCAGACCCAACAUCAAUUGAUCCGAACGAUGACGUCAUAUUGAUAUCAGAUGAUGACGAUGGAAUUGAUGGCUGUGAGGACGAUGUCAGCAGCAACGCUACUACUACUUCCGCCACCAAUGCAAGUGCUGAUAACGAUUAUAAAGAGGCUCUCCAUAUUUUUGAUGGUCCAAAUGAGGUGAAAGUUGGCUACAACAGAAUCGGAGAGGACGAGCUGUUGAUUGCAAUGCUCAUCUCACAGAGAGCUCCUCACAAGAAACAUGCCAAUAAAUCUCAGCGCAAGCAGAAAGAAUGCGAAGAUGACCAACAUUUUCAGUCUCUUAUCAUUCAACAGCAGCAACAAAGUCUUAAGCAAUUAAUGCAGCUGAAAAAAUUGUCCUCUCUGAACAACGAUGACGUUGAAAAUGAUGGUGAUGAGGAAGAGGAAGAUGAUGGCACUGGCUACUACGGCUCCAGUCCCGAUUCGACCACUAGAAAUCUUGACACUCUGGACAAUAUAAACCCAGCUGGUACAUUAGAUGAUUUCGAAGCUAUCGCUCGUCUAAAUAACUCCUCAUUCCUGUCUAAGACCCCAAGGAGACCAAAACUUCAAUCUUGUCUGCUGACAUCAUCUACACCUGUUUCCAGGGCAUCGUCAUCGUCCUCACCUUCGUCCAAAACUUUCUUUGCCAGUUCACAUGCAGGCCAAGUUGAUAACAGCAUUCCAUCUUGCGGCACAGAUUGUCAGACCCCUGGUAGGGCAGUUGUCAAUGGUGAUGUAUGGCAGAUGUUUAAUCCGCAGUUGAGGAACAAGAAACUCAGUGGAAUCUCAACAAGCGUGCCUCCUGCGACGCCAACAUUUUCAUUCAUGAUGCCCGUGAAACUGAACGCGGCUACAAUGACGACAGCUGAAGUUGAUGUCGAUGCGACACAAUCCACUGUGCUAAUGAAUCUUGGAGUUGUACAACCCAUCAAAAAAAAUAUUGCCGAGUUUAUAAGGAUGUCAUGCUCCAAAAAUGAAAAGAAGUAUUUUGAUUAA